AUGAAGAACAUGACAGCAAGAAACCACUGCACAGUGACUGAGUUCUUCUUGGCUGGGCUCUCAGAGAAGCCAGAACUCCAAAUGCCCCUUUUCCUCCUCUUCAUAGGAAUCUAUGUGGUCACUGUAGCAGGCAAUCUGGGCAUGAUCACAUUAAUUGUGCUAAGUUCCCACCUGCACAACCCCAUGUAUUAUUUCCUCAGCAGUCUGUCCUUCAUUGACUUCUGUCAGUCCACAGUUGUCAUUCCUAAAAUGCUGGUGAGCUUAUUGACAGAGACCAAUCUCAUCUCCUAUCCUGCAUGCAUGACUCAGCUCUAUUUCUUCAUCAGUUUUGGCAUUGCAGAGUGUUACACAUUAGCUGUAAUGGCAUAUGACCGCUAUGUUGCCAUCUGUAACCCCCUGCUUUACAGUGUAACCAUGACCUAUCAGAUUUACAGUUCACUGAUUUUAGGAGUGUUCAUUUUUGCUGUGUUCUGUGCAUCAGUUCAUACAGGUUUCAUGAUGAGGAUUCAGUUCUGCAAAUUAGAUGUGAUCAACCACUAUUUCUGUGAUCUUCUUCCCCUCUUGAAGCUUGCAUACUCUAAUACCUAUGCAAAUGAAUUGUUAAUUCUAUUUUUUGGUACCUUAAACAUCUGUGUCCCACUCCUUACCAUUAUUACUUCCUACAUCUUUAUUAUCGCUAGCAUCCUCCUCAUUAACUCCACAGAGGGCAGGUCCAAAGCCUUCGGUACGUGCAGUUCUCAUAUCUUGGCUGUUGUUGUUUUCUUUGGAUCUUUAGCGUUCAUGUAUCUGCAACCAUCAUCAGUCAACUCCAUGGACCAAGGAAAAAUAUCCUCUGUGUUUUAUACCAUUGUUGUACCCAUGCUGAACCCCUUGAUCUAUUGUCUGCGAAAUAAGGAUGUCACUGUGGCCUUGAAGAAAAUAAGAAAAAAAUUCAUGUAA